AUGUCUGACAGCGGAGAAGUUGAGGUCGAAACCUCCGGUUACCAGGUCCUUCCAAAGGAGGUCACUGAGGAAAUAGGCAGCAUCAAGCUGUUCAACAAGUGGUCCUACGAGGAUGUCGAAAUCCGCGAUAUCUCUUUAACCGAUUACAUCCAAAUCCGUGCACCAGUCUACAUCUCCCACUCCGCAGGUCGAUACGCACAGAAGAGAUUCCGAAAGGCUCAAUGCCCAAUCAUCGAGCGUCUCACCAACUCCUUGAUGAUGAACGGUCGUAACAACGGAAAGAAGCUUAUGGCUGUCCGCAUCGUUGCGCACGCUUUCGAGAUCAUCCACAUCAUGACCGACCAGAACCCAAUCCAAAUCGCUGUUGAUGCCAUCGUCAACUGCGGUCCUCGCGAAGAUUCCACCCGUAUCGGAUCAGCAGGUACCGUCCGUCGUCAAGCCGUCGAUGUUUCUCCUCUCCGCCGUGUCAACCAGGCUAUUGCCCUCCUCACCAUCGGUGCCCGUGAAGCCGCUUUCCGAAAUGUUAAGUCAGUUGCUGAGUGCUUGGCUGAAGAGUUGAUCAACGCUGCCAAGGGAAGCAGUAACUCAUAUGCUAUCAAGAAAAAGGACGAGUUGGAGCGUGUCGCCAAGUCCAAUCGGUAA